CAGAUUUCCAAUCCCGGCCCCCUUUUUUUACCUUCUUCAUCCCCCAUACUUUUCAAUCUGUUCCGAUCUUUCUGACCUUCUGAACUUGCUUUUCUUCAUUAGAGGUACUUGAAGCAAUCAAUUGAACCACAGGAACCCAGAAGAAAUCGUCAACAAUGGCCGAAGCACAGCUCAACGACUUUCCCUCCCUCUUCUCCCUCAAGGGCAAGGUCGCCGUCGUCACCGGCGGCUCUCGCGGUCUUGGUCUGCACGCCGCCUCAGCCUUCCUCCAAGCCGGCGCCUCCAAAGUCUUCAUCUCCUCCCGCAAGGGCGCAGCCUGCGAAGAGGCAUGCAAGGCCCUCAACGCCCUCCCCAACCUCCAGCCCGGCGCCGUCGCGAUCCCGAUCCCCGCGGACGCGGCGUCCAUUAAAGGCGUGGAGCACCUCGUCGCCGAGGUCAAGAAGCACGCCGACCGCGUCGAUAUCCUGUUUGCGAACGCGGGCGCUACCUGGGGUGAGGCGUUUGAUACCCACCCGGACGAGGCGUUUGCCAAGGUGAUGGAUUUGAACGUCAAGGGUGUGUUUAAUACCAUUCGGCUGUUUACGCCGCUGCUCGAGAAGAGCGUGGCUGCAAAUAAGAGUGCUGGUGGCGAGCCUGCAAAGGUUAUCAUUACGGCUUCUGUUGCUGGACUGGGGAUCGGUACGCUGGGUAAGCAGGGGACGUACGGGUACAGCGCCAGCAAGGCUGCCGUGCUGCAUUUGGGACGUAACUUGGCGCUGGAGCUUGCUCCCAGGGGAAUCACGGUGAAUUCUAUUGCCCCCGGCUUCUUCCCGAGCAAGAUGUCCAAUGGGUUGUUGGAGAUGGGCGGCGGCGCGGAUAAGAUUGGCAAGGGGAACCCGAUGGGUCGGUUGGGACGGCCGGAGGAUAUCGCGGGUGCGGUGGUGUACCUUGCUAGUCGGGCUGGGUCGCAUGUCAACGGGGAGGUCAUUGCUAUUGACGGCGGGUCGUUGUGGCAGAGGGGGGAAUUGAAUGUUCCUCCUAGUAAGUUGUGAUUGAGGGUGUGAGGGAUCUUUGUAUGCUGGGAGCUUCCUUCGAGGAAUAGGAUGAUGUAGAUUGUAGGUGUUGUUGAACAAGAGCGUGUAAUUG